AAACCAGCUAGAAGUAGGGUAGAAGUUAAGAAGUUCUAGGAAGAGGUCCGUCUAUUUCAUAUCAAAACGUAAAUGAGAAUUUGUGAAAUUUUAUAAUCUCUAAAUUUAGCAGUAACUGAAAACGUGACACUACGUUCCACAAAAUGUUAGCAAGGUAAUGUCUGCCGUGCUAAGGCUACAACACUUGCUCAAGCUGCUCAGGUGGUGAAGUUUUUCCCAAUUGUUGUUCCAAAAAAUGGAAAUCCAAUGAAAGGAAGUCACGUGGACGCUGUUUACUCUGAAACUGAUCGAUUCAACUACGUGUGAUGAACCCCUCCAAUAUUGACCAUUCGGCCGCCCCCGUCCCAAAUUUGGAGUCCGGGAUGAGGAUGCCAGCAGCUUUGUUGAAGAUACCUGCUGGACUGUCAGGAGCCCAGAAAGAGCUUUACGAGCUCCUCAUCGAUGAGAGGAUGAAGAGCGAAAAUCACAAGACCAACUACAAGACACUGAAGGCGCAACAUACCUGCCUGGAGGAUGAGUACAUCCGGCUGCAGGGUGAAUUAAAGUCUCUUCACAAUGAACGGCAGGUUCAGCAGGAGAAACUGGAGUUGCUUUUGGCAAAGCUGAGAGCAGACCUACUGGACAAAGGCAGGGAGCUGGAGGAGCUCCGACGGCAGGCGAUGACUCCUCAUCAGUUAGCGUUGCUCCGAGCUGAGGUGCAGCAAGAGAUGGAAGCUCCAGUCAGAGAACGCUUCAGCAAGCUGGAAGAGCUGGCAGAGAAGUACAGAUCAAAAUACAACAAGUUGCAGUACGAUUACACUAUUCUCAAGUCCCAGUAUGACUGCCAGAAAGACGAAAUCAGUCGUACACUGGAGCACAUGCGGAUCCGCUAUGCAACAGAGAUCUCUUGCUUGCAGAAGGAUAAGGAGGAUCUGGUGGCUCGUUAUCAGAGUUCUGAUGCUCAGCAGGAUAAGAAUCGAGUGGAGGCACUGCUAAGGGAAAAGGCCCAGCUCCAUCGGAGGGUGAAGGGUCUCGAGGACGAGCUGGCCGAGAUUAUUGCCCAGAAGGAAAAGUCAGACCAAGAGGCAGAGAAUGUCCAGCGCAUCCAGAAACGCCAGCUAAGCGAGUUUGAGGUUGAGAGGAAGUCUGUGGAGGCAGAGCACGAAUCCUUGCGUCACCAGCUGGAGCAGCUGAAGAACGAGCUUGACCUCAGCUACGAGCAGAACAGCCAGCUGACAGAGCGACUGCACAAAGCCGAGACAGACGUCAACGCUCGCAACGGCACGAUUGAAAGCCUGAAGCACUCUCACAAACACGAGGUCACCACCAUCAAGCAAGAGUUUAUUCGGACUAAAGCGGCGCUGGAGAGGGAGAGAGAUGCACUACAAGGCCAGAUUGAUGGUUUACAGGCAGAUCUGGAGAUGCUACAGGCAGCAGUGGAUCAGCACAAAGAAGUUCUGGUGGAGAAAGAGAGGGAGCUGGUGAGAAAGGUGCAAUCUGCCCAUGAGGACGAGUUCUCCAAAAUUGCGACGUUACACGAGGAAAAGUUGGAGUUGGAGAAACGCGUCGCUGAAUUGGUGCAACAUCAUGCACUACAGAACGCUGCUGACCUCGCUCAGAAGGAGGAGUGGGAGGAGCGUCUUUGUGUUGCUCAGCAAAAUGAGGAGUUCGCCCAGAGGGAGGUGCAGAACAUGAGAAAAAAACUACAGCAGCAAAGUUCUCACCUGGAGGAGGUUGAAACACAAAAAGAAGACAUUGCUGACCUGAAGCACCGUAAUCAAGAACUCUGCAACCAGUUGAAGACUCUUUCACUUUCUGAAAGAGAGCUGAUGGAUUCACAAAAGCGGCUGACUGAAACAGUGGACAGAAUUAGAGAUGAGCUGAGGAUGGCCCGAGCCCAGGCUGAGAAGAGCCAACACGAGGCAGAGAGGCAAGUGGAGAACCGGCAGAUCGAGUGGCUGGAAGAGAAACAUAAGCUGCAAACGCGAUUGGACGAGCUGCAGCAUAAAUACAGCCAGGCCAAAGACAAAAUGCAGAGAGCAGCGCUGGUCCAGAAGAAGAGGAAAAUCCUGACAGAAAACAAAGAGAAGAGGCUGAAAGAUAAGAUCCAGCUGUUGGAGGCCAAGACUGAAGAGCUGGAACUACAAGUUGUUGCAGCUAAAAAAUAUGCAUCCAACUCAGAAGAGGUUGUUCAGCUGAGAAGACAACUUAAGGAGUUGCAACGCAGACACAAUGAAUUUCGAAACCUCCUCCUGGGGAGCCACCGUUCCGCCAACAUGGGCCCCACGUUUUUAACAUCACAAACUGAUCUUCUUGUGCGCAGUUCAGAGGACCUGUUGUCCAACAUCCCAGAGGAGCAGCAUCAGAGGGAGAUGGCUCUGCUGUAUCAGAGGCUCGACCAUCUGGAAAACGCCCAGCGCCAGCAACUGGAGGAACUCAACUCUCUGGCACAGAGGAACCGGAACCCCAGUCCCCAGCCUGAUCUCUGACUGCGACACAACUUCCUGUUGUUCCAGCUACACAGUGAGACGGCCUUCUGCUUGACAAAAUGAGGACUUCAGUGUUUUAUAUGAGGGGAAAAAAUGGGUAUAUUUACUAUAUUUUUAAAGUUGACUUUUUAAAAUCAGUGUUUACAUAUUUGUGGUUGUGAUGAUUAACUUGAGUUUAACUUAAUAUUUGAAAUCAUGAACUUUUUCUCAAAUAAUGAUCAUGAAUGGACUUUCUCAGGGUUUGAUUUUUAUAUCUAUAUUAUGUUUGUACAAGUUUGAACUGCAGCCACCCUGAAAUCAAGUUGAUGUUAAAGCUGAAUUUACAGCAGGCUGUGAAUUCUGCAAUGUGUUUACCGACUGUUAAUGUGCUACACUAUUACUUGAACUGUACUGAAACCGAUAAAUUCA